CAACAGUGUGUCAGCAUGCUGGGUCACAAGUGAUCAGAACAUCACAAGUUCAUGAAGUAUUGACUUAUUCCCAGCACAUUGUGGAACUACAACCAUUUUUCAACCAUUUUCAGAUAGACAGGAAUCAUGGCUGAGUCUGGUUUCCCUUUACCACCAGACUCCAUCUGCCCUCUGUGUGUGGAUUCACAGCGAGACCCAGUCACUAUCCCAUGUGGGGACACAUACUGCCUGGAGUGUAUCAAGAUCUACUGGGACCAGUUUGACCACAUGGGAGUUUACAGCUGCCCACAGUGCCGUGCCACCUUCACUCCGAGGCCCGUGCUGAGACGAGACAUCCCAGACGUUUACCACGAGCCCAGACGUCAGCUUACGGAGCUUACGCCUUUCCCUUACAUGCAUCGGGAGUCUUUUUGUGAUUUCUGUGUUGGUCGCCGCAACAAGGCAGUCAAAUCGUGUCUCAUGUGCCUGGCCUACUACUGUGAGACACAUGUCAAGCCGCAUUACGAGUCGUCCACUUUUAAGAGACACAAGCUGGUGGACGAAACCGGCCACUUGGACAGGAAGAUCUGCCCCCAGCAUGAGAAAGGACUGGAGCUGUUUUGCCGCUCGGACCAGAUGUGCAUAUGUGUGUUGUGUACUGUUAGAGAGCAUCGCGGCCAUAACAUCGCCUCGGCAGAGGAGGAGCGCAUUGAGAAACAGAAAGUGCUGGUGGUGACACAGUCGGAUGUCCAGCACAUAAUUCAGGAGAGGAUGAAGGAGCUGCAGGAGCUCAAACACAACGUAGAUGUUCUCAAAAGCUGUGCCCAGCGAGCCCAAGCUGAGAGUGAUAAGACAUUUCACGAGAUGCUCCAGGCGGUGGAGCGCUGGAAGGCUGAAAUCCAUCAGAUGAUAACAGCCAAUAUGCAGGCGGCUAUGUCUCAAGCGGAUGGCUACGUGGAGCGUCUGGAGCAGGAGAUACUCGAACUGCAGCGAAGAGACACAGAGCUCAGGCAGAUCCUGGAAACAGAAGACAACAUUCACUUUCUGCAGAAUUUUCCAACCCUGUGUGUUGCUCCGGAAGCCAUGGUGCCCAAAGUGCUCAUCAACCCUCAGUUCUCCUUCAGUGAAAUGAGCAAAACAGCUUUGGAAAUGAAGGAACACCUGGAUGACAUUUGUAAAAAGGAACUGAGUAAAAUCUCCAAGACAGUCAGCGAAACACCAGUGUACAUCCUUUUGCCAAGAAAUGGGGACAAAAGGCUGAAAGUUCCAAGCAGAGUGGAUUUUCAGGAGCCGAAAACGAGAGGAGACUUUUUAAGAUACUCUUCAAAGAUGUCCUUCGAUCCAAACACAGUCUAUAAAGAGCUGGUCCUUUCUGAUGGAAACCAAAGGGUCACUCGGAAGAAAACGGUCCAGUUUUAUCCUGAUCAUCCUGACCGAUUUGAUGGUUUCUCCCAGGUGUUGUGCAAAGAGCCGCUGACUGGUUUUCGAUUUUAUUGGGAGGCUGAGUGGAGCGGUGAGUUCUCAGUCGGUGUGGCUUAUAAAAGCAUCAGUCGCAAGGGGAAGAACUCGCACAGUCUGCUAGGCUACAACAACAAGUCUUGGAGUCUGCUCUGCUCCGACUCGGGAUAUUCCGCCUGGCACAACAAAACCGACCGCGACCUUCCCAGUGCUCCUAGGACGUCACGGAUUGGUGUGUACCUGGACUAUGCCGGCAACACUGUCGCAUUUUACGCCGUCUCAGAGACUAUGGCGCUCAUCCAUAGAUUUAAGGCUCAUUUCAGUGAGCCUUUGUAUGCAGGAUUUGGUGUGGGCUCUUCAGUUACUCUUUGUCAGCUCAAGCAAAAUCCUACACCUUACUAAGAUAAGCAUACUCACUCACAAGUAUGCUGGAAAGAUAGUUUUAUAAAUAAAACAAUUCAAUCAUUUUAUUACAACACUGCUUUUUAUUACGACAAUAGCAAUGCCAUGGCAACACCACAUCACUUGAUUUAGUGGGCUAAUAUGUUGUUGUUGUCUGCAUUUUUUAAACAAUACUAAUACUUAAACAUCGCUUCUUUAAUAUUUAAUAGCUUGUUGCAAACAACUAAUUUCAUGAAAUUGCAUUCCAACACGAUAGGACAAACAUGGGCAAAUAUUUACUGCUCAUUAGCAGCCUCAGUCGGGUGUUUUUUUUUAAAGCUAAAAUCAAACCGAUCAAAGCAGUAGAAGAUGGAAAAAUUUAUUUUCAGUACUUCAUAGUCUGUACACGACAUGUAAACAAAAAAAAAAUAAAAACAAAGACAGUGACAGUGACAAUAGCAAUGAAAUGUGUCUCUGCUACCCUGUGCUGGAUGAAAUGGUCACACACACAUUUAUUGGCAACGACAAUUUAUCAUUACAACAACACUGCAGUAGAUACAAAGACUUAUACAUGCGCAUGAUUUUCACUUUUUCAUUGGAUGGAUUUGCAAGGUCUCGCUCUAUGGAGUACACCCACCCCUAUUCACCAGUCAAGAACCUCACUGCACCUGCUACCUGCAGUACGUACCUACCGUACCACAGUACUUUCCUUCCAGUCUACCUAUGUUAGCAAAAAAGCAUUGGCUAAAGUAGAACAAUUAAUUGCAUUUAGUUUUAUAUUUGCCUGAUUGUCUUGAUUUUGCACUUUCUACGCUCUUGUGUGCUUUUUGUACUCUUGCUUUUGCUGCUGCAACCCUGGAAUUUCCCCUUGUGGGACUAAUAAAGGCUUAUCUUAUCUUAUUUUAUCUUAUCUUAUCUUCAAGGGUGUCUUGAGUGUGAUAUCUUGUAACAUUUCAACUUUUUUUUGGAAACAUUAUAACUUUUAUCCUACUGUUUAUUUUACAUGUCACCCUGAUGCUCCUUUGUAAAGUUUUGAUGUGGGCAUGUUUCAUUUUUUAACCCCUGGGCUGGACAUUGAACAUAUCUGGUCUACCUUAAGCGGAACUGUUUGUACUCAAAAUCAAAUGUUUUCUAGUUUGAAAAGAGAGCACAAUUCAAAUUGGACUGUGUUUUCCCCAUACUUUUCAGUUGGUAAACCACCUCACACGGAAGUAUCAUGUUGGCAGUGCUUCUUUCUAUCUUGGUCACCUUGAAAAGCUCAUAGGGAGGAAUUAAGACUUCCCUCUCAGACUCUCCAAGCUUAGAGUAGAGUGAGAUAUCUGCUCCAAAGCAUGUGGUCACCUCAAAGCAUGUUUUGUUUCCGUAUUUUUCUGCACUCAGGUACUGACCCAUUGAACCAGACGUGAAAGCGCCGAAGCGGAUCGGUUUGUUGAGAUCUUUUUGACGGAAGGAAGCAUUCACCCUUCGGAAGAUGGUCACGCAUUUUUCUGCUGCAGUCCGACGUGACCUCAGAGUUUUGAUGGCAUCUGUCAGGAAGAAGUGAAGCGUGUGAUAUCUGAAUGUGGUCUUGUACUUGGACCUCUGGCUUCGCACUGCAGUAUUGAAAUCUAAGUAGAUUGGGGGUUUGUCAAGGGAGUAAAUAUAAAUAGCCAUUAUUUGUUCUUUCCCCAGUGCACUGGAGGGUCUCCUCGACUUCUUGCGCCCCCAUUUUUUCUUGUAGUAUUCCUCAGCUUCUGUCCAGGCCAGUGUCAUCUUUUUGUCUUGGUUCUGCUCAUUGAGUAGAUAGUCCCUCCUCACUUUGCACUCCAUCUUGUCUCUGCAGCCGUCGUACAUGUCGUCAACAGCAUCCGCAGCCAUGUCAAGUAAAAGCCCGUUGCAUGAAGCCUGCCAAAAGUUAGCACAGAAGCAGAUUCAGAAACUACCUAGGCCAGGGGUCCCCAACGUGGUACACGCGGGCACCAGGUAGCCCCCACGACCACAUCAGAUGCCUGUAGGCCUGGUUUUCAGUUAAUAUUGUGUGAUACACUAGAAAGAAAUGCAUUCCGAAAUACAGAAAAAAAACAUUUGUUGAUGUUUUAACACAAAAUGUGAGUUGCGGAUACCAACAUUUUGUUCAUGUUAAAAAAAAAAACGUUAUGACGAUUUUAAAUGACUUUGUAUUUAGUUAAUUAGUCAGUACAUGUCAUACAAUUUGACCAAAAUAUGACAAAAUAUGCCUAUGUUAGGGUGACCAAACAGUUUCCCAGGAGGUGUCUUGUUUUCACGUCAUGUUCUGGGUGUUUUUUUUAUGUCGCGGUUUUCAUGUUUUUCAUUGUGCCAUAAAUUGACUGGCAUUGGGUACUCUGUGCUGCAUGUGACGUAAUCCCUGGAGGUUGCUGGAUUUCCUAAAUAGAUAAUAUUGUUUCAUAUUUUUUUAUUCUUUUUAAAUAUAUUCUAACGACGACGACGACGAUUUGUCCUUUUUUCAAUAUCUCCUCCUCCUCCACCACAACGACGUAUGCUCGACCACUCCUCUUCUAUACUUUUACUCUUGCAUAGCAGUUGGGAAUGUCAAACCAUUUCCUGUACAGUUAAUAAAGUUUUAUUAUGAUAACAGUUACAUGUUUUAAUAGUGAACCAAUUAAUUGUAAUUCAUUAUUUCCAUUUGCAUUAUUUCCUAAGGGGAAAAUAGUUUUAUGAAUGAAUAAAUAAGAGGUCGGCCAGUGACCUGAAGAACAUAAAUACAGUAAAAUGCUUUUUCAACAACAUUUAAGUAAUUCCCUGUCUUUUUUAAUUCCCAUGAUUUCCAACUUUGAAAAUUCCCUGAAAUUCUACAGCCAUACCUGUGUCAUUCCUAAGGAGGCUCCAUAAAACACGGUAGCCACCACCCACAAUGACAUCGCGGCUGCCAUUGUUAACCUGUCAACACAGCAUUACAACAUUAAAACACACGCAAAACCCAAGACAGGAAUAUCAUUGCAUGUUAUAACUGACUCACCUCAGUCGACUUUCUGCUGUGGAUGGUUUUUUUAUAAUAA